AUGACAGAACCCCAAUCCAAACGGCGCAUCUUCCUCAAUGCCUUCGACAUGUUCACCGUCGGCCACAUGUCCUUCGGACAAUGGCGCAACCCCAAAGACCGCUCAGCAACCAAGCGCCGCGAUCUCUCCUACUGGACCGAUGUAGCGAAGACCCUCGAGCGCGGCGACUUCAACGCCAUUUUCCUCGCUGACACCAAUGGCUGGUGUGAUGUAUACAAGGGCAGCGCGGAGCCUUGCGUGCGCAAUGCCAUCCAGUACCCAAUGGGCGACCCGGCUGUUCCAUUGACCGCGAUGGCGGCUGUAACGAAGAAUCUAGGGUUCGCUAUUACGGCGUCUACGUCGUUUGAGAAGCCUUAUGUUUUGGCGAAGCGGUUUUCGACGCUGGAUCAUCUUACGGGGGGGAGGUUUGGGUGGAAUGUUGUCACGUCGUGGAAGGCGUCGGGGUUUGAGGCGAUUGGGAUUGACCCCGUUCCGCAUGAUAAACGAUAUGAGAUUGCAGAUGAGUAUCUGCGCGUGCUGUAUAAGCUUUGGGAGGGAUCGUGGGCUGAUGACGCCCUGGUCGAGGAUCGAGAGAACGGUAUAUACGCAAACUUCGAUCGAGUUCGCGUUAUCCAACAUGAGGGAGAGCAUUUCAAGCUCCGUGCUCCUCAUAUAUUGGAUCCCAGUCCACAGCGGACCCCGUUUAUCUUCCAGGCGGGGUCGUCACCAGCAGGACUGCAAUUCGGAGCUACGCACGCAGAGGGAAUCUUCGUCGUCGGCUUGACCCCCGAAACAAUCGCACCUAGAGUGAAGAAAAUACGCGACAAAGUGGCCGAAGUAGGCCGCGAUCCAGGCUCAGUCAAAGUGUUCGCUUCUCUAACGCCAAUUCUGGGUCGGACAACUGAAGAAGCACACGGAAAGUACCGUGAAGCCCUACAGUACGCGAGUGAAGAGGGCGGGCUGGUCUACUGGUGCGCCAACACAGGAAUCGACUUAUCAAAGUUGGAUUUAGAUGCCGAGGUCAGUCCUCAGAUGGGCGAUCAGGCCGCGAACGUCCAGCUUCAGUCGCUGCUUCAGAAUCUUGCUUAUCCCGGUGAGGGCGCGCCUGUAUGGACUCCGAAAAGUAUCGGCAAGGCUGUUGCUCUGGGGGCUUCAGGGCCGACGCCUGUCGGGACGGCGGAGGAGGUCGCAGAUGAGAUGGAGAGGUGGGUGAGGGUUGCCGAUAUAGACGGGUUUAAUAUCGGGCAUAUCACUGUUCCAGGGACGUGGGAGGAUGUUGUAGACCUGCUUGUGCCUGUCCUUAGAGAAAGGGGGCUGUAUGCGCCGAAGGGGGAGUCGGGCACCAUGCGAGAGCGGAUUUAUGGCAGUGGAAGGUCAAGGCUGCCUGAUGGCCAUGCUGGGUCACUGUAUAAGUAUGAAAAUUAUCAGGAGAAUGAUGUGCAGUAA